AUUACCGGAGUACCAUCUCACACCCAGAACCACCUCCUACCACCUCCCACCAUGCCAACUCUUGCCCUCACAACCAACGUGAAGCUUGCCGAUCCGAAGGCAUUUGCCCUUGAAUUCUCCAAGGCUGGAGCACAGAUUCUGGGCAAACCAGAGGCCUACAUCUCGGUCCUGUAUCACUACGAGGAGAUCCUCACCUUUAACGGCACUUUUGAUCCCGCACUUUCUCUCGAAAUCACGUCCUUGGAUAAUAUCUCGCCCGAAGCGAACGAGGUAUACAGCAAGGCUUUGUUCGAGUUUUUCGAGAAGCACCUUGGAGUGUCGAGCGCCAGGGGCUACAUAAACUUCAACGAUCCUGGAAGGGCGUUCUUGGGGUACAAAGGCACGACGUUCGAGCAGAUCUUCAAAAACCUUUGA